AUGGCAACUACCACAAAAACAAAAAUACUAUGUUCAACAUGUCAGAAAGCAGCGGGUGUUUUAACUUGUCCAGGAUGUAAUAACGCAUUUUGUUCUCGUCAUGUCAGUGAACAUCGACAACAACUAAACAGACAAAUGGAUGAAAUAGGUGCUAAUCAUGAUCAGUUAAAACAAUUAAUUGUCGAACAAGAAGCGCAACCUAGAUGUCAUCCUCUAAUGGAACAGAUCGACAAAUGGGAACAAGAAUCAAUUACUAAAAUACAUCAGGCAGCUGACGAUACUCGAAAACAAAUCCUAACAAUUAUCUGUACACAUAGAGCUCAAGUGACACAUAAUUUAGCAGUUCUUACUCAAGAAUUAAGCAGAGCUCGUGAUGAAGAUGAUUAUGUCGAAACAGAGUUGAACGAAUGGAUCGAAAAACUUGAUCAAUUAAAAAUUGACUUAAAUGCAGCUCAAGCAAUGCACUUCGACCAAGAUGAUAGUAAGACUUCAUUAAUUUCAAAAAUCUAUAUCGACAAUAGCUCCAUGAGUACCUUCUAUCAAACUGUGGGUAACGUUCAGAUUACUGACGAUGGUAAGAUCGUAACACAUGGUACAGUAAAUGCGUACGCUGCUGCCCGAUGUACACGGGGAUAUUCAGUAGGACAACAUAGAGUUCGUUUUAAAAUCGAUUACUUAACUCCAGCUAAUAGUUUUUCAUGUGGGAUUGUGUCAAAAAAUACACCUAUAGAAUCAAUUUUUAACAAUACAAUUAACUGUAAUGCAGUACUUGCAUAUCAACAGGCUACAGCUGCAAUCUCUAUGUAUAACACUGGAUAUGCUCCUCAUCUGCAGGGGUUUCCACAACCUAUGCAUCAGAUUCAACCGAGUUUGCCUGGAAUUUCUAGUGUUCUUAAUCACAAUCAAGUUUUUUCCUUUCAUACACAAAAUUAUAAUUUUCAACCGAACGCUAUCUAUGAGUUGUUAAUCGAUUGCAAUCAAAAAAGAAUUCAUUUAACAAAUGAACAAACACGUCAAACAGAGGUAGUUAAUGUUAACGUGGCUCAAUGUGCGUUUCCAUGGCAAUUUUUCAUUACUCUUCUCUUUGCAAAUGAUCGUGUAUCCCUCUGCUGA